CUCUCGCUAUUCAUUAUAUAUAAACUGUGCUGCCUCCAUUGGUCUGGUCUCUCUCCUCCUCUCACUCAAUUCCUUUUGAUUCUCUUUACAUCACUGCUGCUUCCUUUUACUAUCCCAUUUUCUUAGUGUAAACACAAGGGAGAAGGACACAAGGGAGAAGGUGCUGAGUAUAAUUAAACCUUAAAGAAGCAGCAACCUUUCAAUCAACUAAUUAAAGCUCUUAAAUAGUUUAUCCAAACUUUUGUGAAUCCUUACUUUUAAUUAAAUAGCCCUAAUCGAGCUUUAUUACAAGUGUUAAAUAGGUCGUUUUUGUGGCUACUUUGGUGAGGAUUGAGAUGGCGAAGAACUUGGAUGAUUAUGAUUUUUGGCUUCCUUCACAGUUUCUAACUGACGAUGACCUUCUAAUGGACUUCAAGGUUAGCUCUAUUGUUGAAGGGAGAAACGACGGCGUAAAGUACCUUGCACGUGAUUUUCAAAAUGGGUUAAACCCGUUUGGACUUCACUCGGACCUGAAUUCGCCCGUUGAGUCCGCAGUCGGGUCGGUCGAUACAGAGAGUGAUGAAGAAGAGUAUAUCACUGAGUUAACUCGUAAAAUGGCUCACUCCACACUUCAUGAAUCCGGUUUCGGCUAUCAAAACACUAAGGGCUGGAGUUUGUUAGGUUCACCUCAGUCGACGUUAUGCGGGUGUAAACAGGGCUCAAGUAGUGAAAGUCCAAACUGCCCUUCACAGGCCUCUUCCCCGCCGCCAAUGAACCGAAACGAUAGGGCUUUUGACCUUCUUUAUGCGGCUGCUGAUGAGGUGGCUAGACUUAGGAUGAUGGAGGAUGCUGCUGGACUUUAUCAGACCAAAAAUGGAUUAAGUGCUACGCCCAGGAAAACUACAGUCCCUGUUCCUCCAAAUAACUCUAAACCAUGUUUCGGAUCAUUGAAGUCAAAUCAGCUCUCUUACCAGCAGUUUCAAGUAGCUCAAUUUCAGCGAUUGAAACAGCAGCAGAUAAUGAAGCAAGGGCAAGGAGUGUUGGGUUCGGUUAAAGGUGGAUUUGGGCAGUAUCUGCUCAACCAGAACAACCAGAAAUUGGGUCAGAGCAGAGGCCAAAACGGAGUUGCUAGGCCUAUGAAUUCUUCAAUUUCUAGCUGGCCCACGUUGCAACAGUCUCAGCAACAGCAGCCUGGCUCAGGGAUGCACGCUGUUUUUCUAGGAAAUCCUGGUCCCAAAAAGGAGUGUGCUGGAACUGGUGUUUUCUUGCCUAGAGGAUUUGGAACACAAACUGAAACUAAGAAGAAACCAGGGAACACGACAGUUUUACUGCCAGAUAGAGUGGUCCAGGCCCUGAACUUGAAUUUAGGAGCUAUGGAUGCUCGGUCCCAUACUCCGGUUCAACCCAGGUGUUAUAAUGGCGGGAGUGGCUCAAUUCCAGCUAGUGGUUCGAAAAGUUGGAAUAAUAUGGCGGCGACACAACAAAGAAAUAACAGUAGAACGGAAAAUACUUACUCACAGCGAGCAACAAUGCCACAAGAGCUACUUCUUCCACAGGACUGGACUUACUGACCAUUUUCAAAGAAAGAUUUUACACUAUGAAGUUUUAGAAGCAGAGGAGAUUUUGUUGUGUUAGUUUUUGAUAGUGGAGAUUUGGGGAAGCAUACGGUAGACAGUUAAAGAAGAAUAUGAUGAUGAAAAGAAAUGUUUGGUUUAGAUUUAGAGAAUUAUUACUAGUAUGAAAGAAUAAAAGUUUUGUAGUUUUAAGUGGUGAAAAGGAGAACGAAAGUAGAUAGGAUCCAAGACUUCAAGUAAAUUUACAAUAAUAAUUGGAUUUACGGUCAAAUAUUUAUAUUUAGUAGAUUUUUUAA